CCCGAGGUACUAGUGACGGACUACCGGAAGCAAUACCGCGGUCACAGCCACAAUAAUUGGCGCCUUUUAGUAUUUUCCUGGUCGUCACUGUCACGCUGUAUGUUCUGCUAAAAUGAAUUAAAGGCCUCUUAAGGCUGUCCAAAAGAUGCCUAUCUAAUUGCAGUACAAGCAAACAGCAGCGGAAUGGAAGAAGACUUGAGAGUGGUUGAAGAAGAACAAGGAGAUGUUCUGAACCAAGACGCGUCUAGCGAAGAAAAUUCUGACAACAACUUUGUGAAAAGGGGCAGAGGAAGACCCAGAAGUUCUAAGAAGCCGAAGGUCAAUAUUGCAGAUUUAAACCUCAUGGAGCUGGUGUCUGGCAUUUCGAACAGUGAACCCGCAGUGGGGUUCAAGAACCUGGCCGGCGGUGAAGAGUACACUCCUAAAAAGAGGGGCAGGCCAAGCGGGUCGGUUAACAAACGCACAGCUGAGAAGGCUCUAGACAACAGCAGCUCCGGCGAGCCAAAAAGGGGAAGGGGUCGUCCUAUGGGGUCUGGCAAGCGUAAAGUGGAAAACCUCUCCAGCGAUGAUGAGAGUAAUGAAUGGGGGCCGAAGAAGAGAGGUCGGCCGAAAAGUUCUGCCAAAAAGACACCUAAGCCCAAAGAGGUGGAAUUGGAUGAGAACGGGAUCCCGAAGACUCCGAGGGGCAGAGGAAGGCCGAGGAUGAGUAGCUCAGAGCGAAAGCAAGUUCCGGCAGAUGACCCACUGCGCCCCAAGAGGGGACGAGGACGUCCAAGAGGCUCGUUGAACAAGAAAAUGUUUGAUGAGGUUCGCUUCCAAGCAGGACGUCCGCGAAGAAAGCACAUUCCCCCUUCCAGGCUGGAGAUUCGGGUUCCCCGGAAGACGGGGAAACGCGGGCGACCCAGAAAUGAAAUGUCGGGAAGGGGUCGUCCAAGGAAGUACCCAUUGCCUUCGACAGAGGGGUCCAAAAAGCGAGGUUGGAAGCCUCUGGGGAGGCCGAGGAAGCACCCUCUCGUCGGUGUCCCAGGGAAAGCUGCGGGAGGCAGGGGCCGCGGUCGGCCUCGCAAGUCGGAAGCUGGAACAGGCGGCCACCUACGCAAGUACGAGGGAUCCCCGCGAAAAAGAGGUCGUCCAAGAAAAUAUCCCUUGUCGUCAACGGGGGAAUCUCCCAAGCCAAAAAUAUGGAAGCCUCUAGGAAGGCCGAGGAAACAUCCUCUUGUUGAUCCUCCAGAAGGAGCUGCCCCACGCCGCAACCCAGGUCGACCCCGCAAGUCCGAAAGCAAGAGAGGCGCCCACCUACGCAACCCUAACUCCAAGUCGCGCCCCCCGAAACCCAUUCUAGGUGCGGAUGGCACACCGCGUAAAAGAGGUCGUCCCAAGGGAUCGGUCAACAAGAAUAAAGAGCAAAAAGAGAGUGAAGUGGAUAGCGAACCCUGGAACCAUUCCGACGCUGACAACGCCGCCGCAGACGCUGAGGAGGAACAGGUGGCAGACGUGCCCGCUGAGGAGGAGGAAGAGGAUGAAGAGGAGCGCCGCAUUGAGUCUGAGGAUGGCGACACUCAGGAGUGAUGCGCCAUGCAAAAUUAUCUUGAUGAACACACGCUCUGGUCAUGGAGGACCUGACUUGGAAGAACCAAGUCAAGGUGUACACUUACAGUAUAGUUGUGAUCCAUAAAAAAACAUUUUAGUCUGGUCAGUUAGAUAUUGUUAUAUCGACUAACCUUUUAUUUCUUUUACAUUAAGUCUUACUAGAUCUCUUCUACUUUUUUGGAUUAUUUUAGACUUUAGUUCUCUUGGCUAGAUGUAGUCACUCUUAGUGUUCCUCGCCAUCAUUUGGACAAACAAGUAAUGCAGUAGAAAAAAUAAACUGUAGUCUUUUUAAUAUUUGCUUCUGGUUUUAUUUUUUAGCACCAAGGACCAUACUGAAAAAGAAAAAUAACUUGGUAACAUUAUUUCUACCAGCACAAUUCUCAGUUAAGCUUUCUGCUGAUGACUAAAACUUCAGUGGGGCCCACAUGUUUCGCAUCAAAAUGUGCUUUUCUUUCUACAUAGUCAUCGCGUGGCUGAUAACACGUAACUGUUGUGACCUUCUUUCAAUCGCUUUGUAUUGUUUUCUGUUGAUAGCCAAAGCUUUGAAUGUACCUCUGCUUUUAUUUUUUAAAUUUUGGUCAGGGCCGGUUCUAGGCAGGCAUAUACGAGGGAGGGGGCAGUCAGAAAUGUGAAGGAGCAUCAUGCUCCAGCACUUGUUUUCUGUGCUAAUAUGGGAGGAACCUUGCCUUCUUCAUAGAAUUUGGCUGUGUGCUACAGUAUGGACCUGAUUUACUAAGAUCCAAAUACCACGCACUAAGCAGUGUGAGCAAUCUAUAAAAUAGCAUGUACUAUUAGUGGGCAUGUUUACAACAUCUGGUAGGUGUCACCAUCAAUGGCUUACAUACCUGCUAAUGGCAUAUAGCACCAAAAAUAAAAUGUGUUCUUUUCACUUUCGCCAAGGUGUUGACAUUAUGAUGUAGAACAUGUUGAAUCAUCACCUUUUUGUUUUGGUGCCUCUAAUGAGAUAUUCAACUUGAACUUUGAUCUCAGAAGGAAUAGCAUCUGAUUGGACCACUUUUGUCACAAACUCCCACCCUCUUUCAUUGUAGGCUUUAGAAGAACUGUGAUCGGCUAUAAUACGAACUUGUCCCACCCAUUUACUAGACAAAAUUAAAUAUGAUUAGAUGUGAGAAAUUUUAGUCUCAUUUUUAAUUUGUCAACACUGGUUUACUUGAGCAACUUUUAAUGUAUACAUUUUAUUGGUUUAUUAGAAUGUACUUUCUCGAUGUCAAACAUUUUGGUUUGAGAGGGCUCCCCCUCCUGCCCCUACGUAGGGCCGGCCCUGCUUUUGGUUUUAGUCUUGUGUAUUAUUGCUUGACAAAAAAUAUUAAAAAAAAGUGCUGUUUUGAACGCCUUCCUGCCAUGAAGAUUUCUUCUGCUAUUUGGACUUUUAAUUUGUAGAUGUCAUUAAAGUCACAAUAGUGCAUCGUCACUCUGGAACUUUACAUGUAGCUAUUGAAUAUGUUUCAUACUGUCAGGAGAUUAAAGGUUUAUGCCUUGGAAUUAUUUGUUGUUCAAAUCACGUGUUCAUGAAUCAAGUCCAUUUAAUGCUCGGCUUACUCACGACUAAAAGACUUUAAAGGCCCAAAUUUUCCUUCCCAUUCGUGUCAUGUCAAUGGUUGUUUCAAUGAAAAUAAAAAACAGAAUCCACAUUCAAACCAUGAAAAAAAGGAAAUGAUUUUUGUGUUUUUAACAAAAAGCCAAUUUGUAAAAUAUGGUCUUGAAAUAAAAUGUUGACCUUGUUGUUUUA